CUCUGUCCUGGAUAGGGAGGGCGCAUGGGUGUUAGGAAGGCUUUGAGCCUAUAUGGAAAUUAUCUCCAUGUGGGGAGAGGUGACCCCCCGGAGGUCUCAUUAUUAUGCCUUCAUUCUUCCCACCUUACUGCUUACCAACCCUUUCAAGUUCUGGGUCCCACAUGACCUGUAUAUCAGUCUAAAGAGAAAGGUGCUUGCUACCAAAUAUGACAAGUUGAAUCUGAUUCCCCAGAAUAGGAGAAAAACCACUCACAAGUUGUUGUCGGACUUCUGCAUGUGCACCCACGUACACACAAAUAAGCAAGCCUAAGGGGAGGGGUGAGGAUUCCACCUGCCCCAUUAUACACGAAUCUAAUCCUUCAAGAACUGAAGACAUUCUCCCCUAAGUCCUUCUGCUCUUCAAGAGGGAAGUCAGGCUUCCAUUCAAGCAAACUGGGACACUGGAGCCCUCUGCUGGUCACACUGGCUUCUCAAGUGCCAAGGGGCAUGGCUGCUCCACCCCUUAACAGCAGGAGCCAAUGGGAACGUGGGUCCCCGCCCCUGAGCGGUCAUUUCCUUGCUAGUACUUAGGAUCCAGUCAGAAAGCUCUUGGAGAAGCUAGCGGAGCUAGAAGGGCUGCGGCCCCACCUCACAACCCCAGACCAGAAGAGCAGGAAAAGCCAGGCUGGGCAGGUGGAGCCAGCAUUGUGCCUCUCAAGCAAUGGGCCAUAGGGACCCACGAUCAGCCUGUAUAGAAGUAGGUGAGUCUUGGAGCUACUGACCUGCACUGAGCUGUCCCCAUCUCCUCUCUGGUGGCCACUGCCAUGGCCUGGUUGGUGCUACUGGGUUUACUACUGUGCAUGUUGGGGGCUGGAUCAGGCACUUCAGAUUUGGAGGGUGUUCUGCCCCCUGCUCCCCACAACUGCCCCAAUAAAUGUGUCUGUGCUGCCGAUGUGUUGAGUUGUGCGGGCCGUGGGUUACAGGACUUGCCGGCAGCACUGCCUGCCACUGCUGCAGAACUCGAUUUGAGCCACAAUGCACUCAAACGCCUGCACCCGGGGUGGCUGGCGCCCCUCUCCCGGCUGCGUGCCUUGUACCUAGGCUACAAUAAGUUGGAUGUCCUGGGCCGUGGUGUGUUCACCAACGCCAGUAGGCUGAGGAUACUCGAUCUGUCCUCUAACCUGCUGAGGAGACUCCGUACCUAUGACCUGGAUGGACUGGAGGAGCUGGAGAAGUUACUUCUGUUCAAUAACCGCCUGAUGCACUUGGACCUGGAUGCUUUCCAGGGCCUGAGCAUGCUCAGCCACCUCUAUCUCAGCUGCAACGAACUCUCCUCUUUCUCUUUCAACCACCUGCACGGCCUGGGGUUAACCCGCCUACGCACUCUAGACCUCUCCUCCAACUGGCUGGGCCAUGUCUCCGUCCCUGAACUGGCUGCACUGCCCACUUUCCUCAAGAAUCGGCUCUACUUGCACAACAACCCACUGCCCUGCGACUGCAGCCUCUACCACCUGCUCCGGCGCUGGCACCAGCGGGGCCUAAGUGCUCUGCACGACUUUGAACGUGAGUACACAUGCUUGGCCUUUAAGGUGGCAGAAUCCCGAGUGCGCUUCUUCGAGCACAGCCCGGUCUUCAAGAACUGCUCCGUGGCUGCAGCUCCAGGCUUAGAGCUGCCCGAGGAAGAGCUGCACGCACACGUGGGCCAGUCCCUGAGGCUCUUCUGCAACACCACAGUGCCUGCUGCACGAGUGGCCUGGGUUUCCCCGAAAAACGAGCUGCUGGUCGCGCCAGGCUCCCAGGAUGGCAGCAUUGCUGUGUUGGCGGAUGGCAGCCUAGCCAUAGGCAGGGUGCAAGAACAGCACGCAGGCCUCUUUGUGUGCCUGGCAAGUGGGCCCCGCCUGCACCACAACCAGACGCUUGAGUACAAUGUGAGUGUGCAUAAGCCUCGCCCCGAGCCGGAGGCUUUCAACACGGGCUUCACCACACUGCUGGGCUGUAUCGUGGGCCUGGUGCUGGUGCUGCUCUACCUGUUCGCACCACCCUGUCGUGGCUGCUGCCGCUGUUGUCGGCGGGCCUGCCGCAACCGUUGCUGGCCCUGGGCAUCCAGUCCACUCCAGGAGCUGAGUGCACAGUCCUCCGUGCUCAGCACUACACCACCAGAUGCACCCAGCCGCAAGGCCAGCGUCCACAAGCAUGUGGUCUUCCUGGAGCCGGGCAAGAAAGGCCUCAAUGGCCGUGUGCAGCUAGCAGUAGCUGAAGACUUUGAUCUGUGCAACCCCAUGGGCUUGCAACUCAAGGCUGGCUCUGAGUCAGCCAGUUCCACAGGCUCAGAGGGUCUCAUGAUGAGCUAGACUGCCUGGGAGUCCCCACGCAGGCCAUAGGCCUCCUGCUGCUUGCCGUUGCUGCUGCGGUCUAGAGAACUGGCAUGCUGGUGGGACGUACUGUGCCUGGUCCCACAACUGCAUGUGAUCUGUACUGGAACAGUUCUUCUCACUGGUAAAGGGGUUGAGACCCCCUCACUUGCUUCUUGCUCUGCCUAGCUCAGGACAAGGCCUCAGACUACUACAGCCUGCUUCCCCUAGGACCUCAGAGUGGCCAAAUGUCCCAUUAAGAUUAUAGACCAAGCCAAUCUGGUGAGAGCCCUUGUAUCAGAGUCCUGGGACCACCCCCAGGAGUUAAUGCAGACAUCAGGGUGUGUAUGGAAAAGUCAAACAUACACCGCCCCGCCCCGCCCAAGGCGGGAGAUGGCAGUUCGGGAGACCCAGCUCCCACUCUAUGACGGAAGGAGGAAAUGAGCCCUCUACCUUCUGAAGAGGAACCAGUCUACUGCCUCCGGCCUCCUGAAGGCUGAAAGUCUCCUGUGGAGUCUGGUGGGCAUGCAUCCCUCCUACAGGACGCCCUGCUGUCUUCAGCCAGAGGCAGAUCCAGUCCCUUGGGCUCAUAACCCAGCAGGAAAAAGCACAGAUAGGUGACGAGUCUGGCUCUGGAGAGCAGAGGCCUCGCAAGGACUGGCACUCAACCUAAUGGCUAAACAGAACCCUCAGUCCGUGCCUCUGGCACUCCCACUGCAGGUGGUGAAGAUGGUCCGAGCCUCUCCCAUGAUGAGCUGACAGCUCUGUCCUAGAUGACUGCUAAGGCAUUUUGUAAUAAAAGUGGUUCAUGCUCA